AUGUGCCCAUGUGCCGUGCGCAAUGGAGUCAGAAGGGUGAGCAGCGCCCUGGAGGGCCUGGAAGAGCAAAUCGGAUGCGCUACAGGCGCCACUACAACCAAGCUGGACCCUAGGCGAAACAAGCUUUCGGAGACAUCCCAGCCCAGCCGCGUCCUCCUCCAGCCCGGCUGCCAGAGCACCGAUGUCCAGGACUGGGCACUCGGCGAAAGGCCGUGGGUGUCGAGACGUAAUUGUCUCUGCUAUUCGCCCGCCGAGCCCAACAGCUUCCCGGACAGGCAGCGAGACCCAGAUAAGCCCACGGAGGCGAGACGUCAGAAUUCACAAGCCUCCAGCGAGUCCUUCCAGGCCCAGACUCGAGCAUCCAGAAAUCCCAUAUAUCCAUUCGACAAGACGGGGAGGAGCCCAUUCCUCGACUGGUGCGCUUGGGGCAUCAUGAUGAAGCCCUCAGACCCUCAGGGACAUAUGGGCCUGUCAUCAUGCUCUUCAGCCGCCAUUGUCUCCUGA